AUGUGUUAUCAAUACAUAAUCGCUCAUAAUCGUAAACCGAACUGUCAUUGCAAUUUUAAGCAUGUUACUGCUGUUGUUGUUGUUGUGUUUGUCGUCAUUGUUGUCGUCAUCAUUGUCAUUAUUGUCGUCAUCAUUAGUGGCUUCCGUGUGACAUCUAGGUGUGAAAGUAUGGUUGUUAUAAUACUACUACUGUCUGAAUUAUUUUUAUUUUAUGGCUUUGACCUAUUCAUACCAUUCCUACUUCUUAUAUUGGGUGUGUAUGUUAUAUAUCUUUGUUUGUGUGGCGCCAUCGCGUUCCAUAACGUUCUUGCAAAUCUUCAUGCAUUUGAAUUUGAUUUUAUGUAUUCCACCAUAGAUGUUGCUCAGCAAGAGACGCAUGAUUUUGGUGUUUGUGCAUGGUUUUUGACCAUUUUCUCUUUUAUUAUUGUGGUGCUAACAUUUCCACUCUCUUUGUUCUUUUGUAUAAAGAUAGUGCAAGAAUAUGAGCGAGCUGUUAUCUUUCGUGUUGGUCGUCUCCGGUUAGGUGGAGCUAAAGGGCCGGGUAUAUUCUUUAUCCUUCCAUGUAUCGACAACUAUUUGAAAGUAGAUCAACGUGUUGUGUCGUUUGACGUCCCUCCGCAAGAGAUAUUGACGCGGGAUAGUGUCACUGUGUCCGUGGACGCAGUUACCUAUUUCCGUAUCUCAAACCCGAUUGCCUCCGUGUGUAACGUUGAGGACGCCAACAGAUCUACCAGACUUCUGGCUCAAACCACUCUGCGAAAUGAAUUGGGAACAAAGAAUUUGAGUGAGGUAUUAAUGGAGAGAGAAAACAUCAGUCAUAAUUUGCAGAGGAUCUUGGACGAGGCUACUGAUCCAUGGGGUGUUAAGGUUGAAAGGGUGGAGAUUAAAGAUGUACGACUUCCCCAAAUGUUGCAACGUGCUAUGGCAGCUGAAGCAGAAGCUUCCAGAGAGGCUAAGGCGAAGGUGAUUGCAGCUGAAGGUGAAAUGAACGCUGCACGAGCGUUAAAAGAAGCCGCGGAUAUCAUCGCAGAAUCACCACAAGCUCUACAGUUGAGAUACUUGCAAACAUUGCAAACUAUCUCUGCUGAGAAGAACUCAACCAUUUUGUUUCCCUUGCCGAUUGAUAUGUUGUCUUUGGGAAAGUGAGAAACAAAAGAUAGGAUAGAGCCUUUCUUGUUGUUAUAUAAUUACCGUACGCCUUAAGUGCGAAAAGAGCGUCCGGUUGAUUGAUGGUUUCUUUUUUUAUGUUUUAUUACAACUGACUUGGAAAAGUAAACAUAAUUUCAUGCGGGAUUGUUUUUGCACUUAAAUGUAAAAACUCACGAUGUUAAUUAUUUUUUUAUAUUUUAUGUGAAUUAAUAAAAAAGGUAAUAUUUUGUUAUGCCAGUGGAACCCCCGUUUAGUGAAAUAAGCAUAAAAAUCUCUCUCACUUAACAAAAAUCUGCGCUACUUAAAGGUAUGCCACCAUCUUGUUUUGUUCUUGAGAAAUGAAAAACGGGCCGGAGUGAUUUCUAGAGAAUCAAGUAUGUUUUAUCACUUGUAAGGGUUUUCUUUAAAGGGGUACCACUGUGUUUUCCUCAGGGUUAUUGCUAUUUUUUUUAUUUUUGGUAUUUUUAGCCAAUAAUCAUGUGUUAUCAAUACAUAAUCGCUCAUAAUCGUAAACCGAACUGUCAUUGCAAUUUUAAGCAUGUUACUGCUGUUGUUGUUGUUGUGUUUGUCGUCAUUGUUGUCGUCAUCAUUGUCAUUAUUGUCGUCAUCAUUGUCUUUGUUAUCGCCGUUGUUUUCGUCGCCGUCUUUGUUGUUGUUUUGUUGCCGUUGUUUUUGUUUGUUUGUUUUUGUCGUCGUUGUCGCUUAUUUCGUCGCUGUAUUUAACUUUUUUAUGUAGAGUGGCUUCCGUGUGACAUCUAGGUGUGAAAGUAUGGUUGUUAUAAUACUACUACUGUCUGAAUUAUUUUUAUUUUAUGGCUUUGACCUAUUCAUACCAUUCCUACUUCUUAUAUUGGGUGUGUAUGUUAUAUAUGUUUUUUUUCAUUGUUUAUUUUUCACUAAAUUAAAAAUGAUGUACAUUCUUGCGCAUAUAAAUAAAUAAAAAUGGUUAAUUAAUUAAUAAAUAUUGCAUGAAACA